AAUGUUUUGAGCGGGAAGACCAACGUUUCUAUUGACGAUUAGGCCCGCAUUUCAUGUAGUGAAGCGAAUUUAACAACAAGCUUUUGGAGAAGCAAUUAGACGUGCUGAAAAAGAAAAUGUCUUUCUCAAGGUCAACCUCGAAAAGAUUUAUUGAUAAUGUUUCUUGUGCUCCACCUGUCGGAUGUUAUGAUGUAACAAAAGCUAACUCUAAAAGUACUGGGCCUGUGACAUUCGAAAAAGGCGGGAGAUUUGUUGAAAAUAAAGAGCAAACUCCAGGUCCGGCAGAUCUUCAGCCUUCUUUUGAUGUUAACAAGUUAGAUGUUUCACAUACAUCCAGCAUUGGUAACUGUAGUUUUGCCACGCCUUCAAAACCAGUAAGAAGAAAUACAAAGUUGAAAUCGUCAUCCAAUACAGACUUGAGCUGCAAGGACCUUAUGUCACAGCAGAUUCACCAUCUUCAAUAUAAGAUUGGUGAACUUGAAAAGAACCUGCAGCGAACACUUAAGGAUAAGAAGGAAAUUGAAUCUCAUAUGAAGGUCAUUUGCAAAGACAAAGAGGAGUUAGUUGUCAAGCUAGAAGAACUGCAAUCUGAGGGGUCUGCUUCAUGUGUUCAACUAGAAAGUGCUUUGGACCAUUGUCAGAAUAAAAUAUUGAGUUUGAAGCAAGAAAGCAUUGAACUGGACUGCCAGAAGAAAAAUCUAGAGGCUGAUUUGAAACUUGGAAACCAAAAUGUGCUUGCUCUUCGUGGUCAGGUGUCAAACUUAGAAACACAGAAAAGCGAGUUCUUGGCGCAGAUAUCAGAGCUUGAAUCUACAGUUUGGCAGCUUCAAGUUUUACUUGAUCAAGUUCGCAUUGAAAAAAGGCUUUGUGAAGAACAGAUUUUGAGUGUUCAAGCCGACUGUAAGGAAACUAGAACCACGCUUUCCAAGAUUCAAAGACUUCAUGAAGAUGACAAAAAGACAUUAACAGGGGUCAAAAGAGAUUUAGAAGAACAGAAAUCGCAAAAUGAAGCAACCACGUUAAACCUUCGCGAGCAUGAACAAAAACUGGAACUGCUGUCUAAGGAAAGGGAUUCUUUAAAAGAAAAUGUUUUUAAUCUCCAAAGAGCGCACGAGCUACUCCAGAACAGGAGGGAUGAAAUGGCUGCUCAGCUUUCGGAAGUUCAAAAUGCCAAGGCUGAUUUGGAAGAGGAAAUGGAACUAUUGGAAAAUUCAACCACGGAAAAUUUGCGACGCAUCACUCUAAAAUAUGAAAGUCUUGAAGAAUCUUACGAUGCAUUAAAGGGGGAAUUUUCAGUUCGAGAAUCCCUGCUGACCUCUGAGUUAGACGUCACAAAAGCAUCCUAUGAGAGCUUGAAAGAGGACCUUCAGACAAUGAAGAAUACUUACAAUAGUCUUCAUCUGAACUAUGACCGAAUGUUGGCAGAGGCUAACGAUUUGGAAGAAAAGUUGAAAGAAUCUGAAGAAACUCAGAAGUUGCUAAAGGAUGAAAAAGACAAGGCUUUAGAGGAGGCAGUCGUGGCGCACGACGCUGAGAAAAAUGCUCUUGUUUUACAGGUGAACGAGCUUUCAAAACUUCUAGAAGAAAAUUCUAAUAAUAGCAAGAAGUACGAAAACGAGAUUUCCGGCUUAAAAAGCACCAUUGAAGGACUAGAACUUGAGAGAAAUACCUUGUCCAGAACAAUUGAUGAAAUGAAAAGUGAAAUUGAAACGAAAGACGUUGAAGUAGAACAGAUCAAAGGCCAGUUCAAGAAUGUAGUCUCAACGAGGGACUUGACGAUUUCAAAAGUUAAAGAGGAGCUCGGAAAGCGAAUCGUCGAGACACAAGCAAAAAUGGCGAGUGUUGAACACAGCUUCCUGCGGAAGUUACAGUUGGAACAAAGCAAGUAUGCCAAACUUUUGUCAGAACACGAGAGUCUUCGAAGCAAAACAAGCGCCGACGCAUUACACCAGGAUUCCGAAAUGUGGCGUGCAAAAUAUGAAGACCUGGAAUCUAAAACUCGUCCGUUCCAGGCCCAACUGGAGUUAUUCGAGCAAGAAAAGCGCAUGCUUUUGAGCGAAAACGAUUUCAAAGAGAGUGAGAUGACCAAGUUGGCAGAAAACUAUGCCAGAAUUCUCGGACAUCAGAAUAACAAACAAAAAAUUCAUCACAUUAUAAGGAUUAAGGAGGAAAACCUUUCUCUGAAAAAGGAGGUGUCUAGGCUACGAGCACAGGUUUCUCGUGAGAAACUCGCAAAGAAAGCGAAUUCACCAAAUAUCAGUCGAAAGGCCAAGUUUGAUCCAUCAAAAGCAUUCCAACACGCUGGGAAAGAGAACAGUGCGCCCAAACCAUUGGGAGAACUGAAUGAAAGCAAUCUUAACUCAACCGUGUCUUGGUAGCUUUGUCUUUAGGAUUAACGAAUAACGGAAAGGUUCAAAAAUGUCUGUAUGCAUAUCUUAAAGAUCCACGUUUUAUGAACUGUUGAACGAAAUUUUCGCUUCUGUGAUCAAUGAAAAUCACAACGGAUGAUUGGGCAUUAUUGUGCAAAUCUUUUUGCACGCAGCCAUUCACAGCUCGUUAUUCGUCUCAUAGUUCGGUAUUUUUUUAAUAUGUAAAUAGUUGAAGGCAAGCAGAAACCCAACGACAGCGGGGAUUUUUUUAAGUUGAUGAUAAUUGUUUUUGGUUUGUUGUUUUUUCGAACCACAAAUUUCGAUAUCUCUCUUUCAAUCGACUGCAAAAUAUUGGUGGAAAACAGAAGGAAAACAUCACAAAAAUUCAUAAAUUGCCAAGUGUUGAUUUCCUUGUAAAUUUGGACAGAAAAUUAGUCCUUUUGUUUUUCGCAUCUGCGAGUUCCUUCCAGAACAACAAAGUUGCCUUACGUAAUAACCUAGUGAUUUAUAAAGAACUCUUGAAGUGGCACAUCUUAUUUUCUAAUCUCAAUAAGAUAUUGCGAGUUUGCGAAUUCAUGGAAAACAUUCCUGCGAAGUUAAGCCAUCUGCGAUACUUAGUUACCAAAUCAUCUUAAUUUAUCCGGAUUUUUUCUUUGGUGAACCGGCUGUAGUGGUUUCUGCAGUACAGAUCUCCUAUCAAAUCGUUUCUUUUAAGAGCCUCCUGCGCAGCGUCAAAGAAUCUAUCCUGGUCACAAGCCUAACUUGCACAAUUUUAAGAAUAAUAUUUUGUUUCUCAUAUGUUAUGUAUGUGUUAUGUAACAACGCAAAAGCCAAUCCAACCGCAAGACUUUUCUCGACACACUGAUGUAAUAUAACUGAUAUAAUCUUUGCCUGAGAUGUGUAUCAUAAUUUUUGUAUUUCCUUUUUGUUGAUUCGACUGUUUUUAUGUAGUGUGUAGUUUGCUUUAACAGUCUUUUAGCGACAAAUGAAUCUUGAUAAUAUGUAGCCACUUCUCGGAUUCCUAGUGUGAAAAACAAUUAAAUCACAUUUUACUGCGUUUUUAUUCAUUUACUUCGCAUUACUUGGCGAUUUAGCCGCUCCGUGACAACAUUGGGGGCUUGGGCUGAAGAGAGUUGUUGGUUUUACCCGAAGGCAAGUGUCCCCUUCCCUCCCUUCCCCCCUCUCUCUGACAGGUACUUCAGCGAUAAGUUUUUUCUGAAGUUAUCGCUGAAAUUUGUGACUGAAAGGAACACUGAACCACUAUAAAGAGAUUUCCUUUAUCGAAAAGAACUCUUAAUACAAAGAACUGUUAUGACUAUAUUUUCAUAUUUAACAUAGUAUUUGAGAAAAUUAUCUAUCAACCAAAAUAACCAUUUUAUUAGAAAAUUGCCUCUAAGUCUCAAUUGAAACAAAAUUUAAUCGGUGUUCAAAAAUGAAAAUGAACAAAGAUUACAAGAUUCAUUUCUCGUCAAACUGUAAAACCAAUUUAACUUAGGUGACCAAAACAACGUACCUAGAGAAACUGGUUUUUAUCACAGAACCCAAUUCCCCUCUUUUCUUAUAAAGCUCUUAUUAUUUCUAUUUUGAAAGGACUGAUAAAGCCUGGACGUGGUCUUCAAUGAAAUUCCGACUCUACGCCUUUUGAUAGUAUGCACAGCUUUAAAUCCUCUACCAAUAUUUCAUGUGUGCGAUUUAAUCUUUGUAUUCGUUGUUUGAAUUAAACGAGGGUAAUCUGCAUCAUAUGCCCCUAUAUAUUAUUUAAAUUCACUUCAUAACUCAGUUUUUGCUGCUCCCUCAAUUUCUUCAAAAGUAUUUUAUUCUUUUCCUCUAGCGAUUUAACUUGAGCCAUCAAAUCGGCAUUUUGCUGUUCAAGAUUGGCCAUCUUGUUUAACACCUCAAGUUCUUUUCUCCUUCUGUCCUCUCGUGACCUCUUUGCAGCUAAAUUAUUCCGCUUUCUUUUUUCCCAAUAGUCAAUGUCUUUCAAUGAAUCUGGAACAAAGUUUCUGCAACUCUUUUUCUGCACAGGUUUAGGAUUGUAUCUGUAUGUAUGGGGCUUCCUCCUUUUUGAUUUACUUUUUCUACCAGCCUCCUCAUUUGUUUCUUCGAACUCAUUUUCAUUGUGCUCUCCUUUAUCGCCCUCAGCUUCUGGUUUGCACUCUUCAGUUACAUCAAGAGAGGUCCUAUCAUCUUUCUCUUUGCCAAAACCAUUAGUUGAGUUUCCUUUGGGGCUGUCCCCGGCAAUUUUAAAAGCAGAUGGCUUUCUUCCUCGGGGGAUGCCAAGAUUCUUGUGUACAGUCUGCAAAAGGUCUGAUAGCAAGUAACUUGUGUGUCUGCCCCCUGGCAGACCCCUUACACCCUCAGAGGAUUUCUCUUCGUGAACAGAAAGAAACUCGUCAAGAUCCAUUAGAUCUGAGUUUUCUGUGAAAAUUCACUCAAUCCUUCUCAUCAUCGUCAAUUACAGCUGUUAGCUUGAAUAAAAACUCUUUUCAUCCCAUAAUAUUUUACCUUCCGUCAUUUGUUUUUUAUGUGUUAUGUAACAUUCCAAAAGCCAAACCAACCGCAAGACUUCUCUAUCCACUGAUGUAAUGUAACUGUGGCAUUUUUGCCUCAGAUAUGUAUCAGUUUAUGAUCAGAUAUGAAAAUCUCAAGCGACAUUGUAGGGGCUGUUUG